UAGCAGCAGCUAGCAAGUUCGCUUCACACGCUUCCCAAUCGUUCGCUUCGUCGUUCAACUAAAAAACGCCCCGCAGCCGCUGCUGGUAACGAGGCGUUUGUAAGCAGCUCAACACGCCAUCGAAAGCUCACCGUCAAAUGCGGGAACUUUUGCACAGAGAGCAACCCAAAGCUCGCGCCUCACAUCAGCCAGUGAUUGUGACGUAGUUAUCAAAAAUCUGUAUUUUGCCCUGCGCGCGCAGGACUUCCGAACAAAUAGGCUGUCUGUCUACACAGGUUUACCUGCCGUGAACGGACUCUCAGAGCAGUGCGAUGAAAUGGAGGACGUCGGGACAGGAGGGAUGAGAAAACGAUUCAAGUAAAAGAAGACUUGCAUCACCACAAAGUGCCUCGUCUGGAUGCUGCAGCAGCCCGUCUCAGUGUCCGCUGCUCUCCACUUCGGAUCGCUCACUUCAUCCCUGACUUGAGUGUACAAGUGCUUGGCCUUGGCUUGGGCUAUAUUUCACCCUGACAGUCAGCCGGCCCAUUUGCCUGUUCCUCGAUUCCAGCCUCGCCUGCUUGCCAUUUCACCUUUUAAUACAAGGACACCAGUCCAUUAGUCUCCUCUUUGGAUUCACCUCUGAGUGUCUGCAGUCUCUCCAUCCUUUACGGCCCAGACAUGCAAGUAUUUUUACAGGCUGCUGUGGCUAUAGCAACAGGGCAGGUGGUUCUGGAAGCCUAAAAUUAGAGAAAGUCCGUUUUAUAUCAAUGCAAGAGGGCUAUUUUAAACCUAGAGCUCCGGCGGGCGAGUCUUGACAGUGGGGCGAGCACUGCAGAAAAAUUGAAAGUGCAGCUCUGCUCCAGUUUUAGUACCUUGUUUUCCUGGACAGCAGCUUGAAGAUGCACCGCAGCAUGUCACAGUGACCUACCCCACCUCGAUACACUAAUUCACAGCACGCUGACCUUACUUUUAACUGGUUUUACAUCCUCAUCGUACUUUUGUGAUUGUAUGCAGCUCCUCUGAGCCCAUUGGCUGAUCAGCAGACUAUGUCCCCUUCAUAUCCCUGUGAGAGUUAGAUUAUUUCUGGACAGGUAGUCUAAGGAUCCCCUCCUCCCUGCUACUGUGCUAAUUUUUUGCAGCUUUUGUGCUUUAUCACGCCUGGCUGCCCCACCCAACCCCUCCGUUCACAGAGGUACCGCCAUGGCCAUCAAUGUGACCAUGGGCCGCGACACCAAGUGGCUGACGCUGGAGGUGUGCAGAGAGUUCCAGCGAGGAACCUGCUCACGUUCAGAAACAGAAUGCAAGUUCGCUCACCCCUCUCGCACCUGCCACGUGGAGAACGGUCGUGUCAUCGCCUGUUUCGACUCACUCAAGGGCCGCUGUACACGUGAUAAUUGCAAGUACCUUCAUCCUCCACCUCAUUUGAAGACGCAGCUGGAGAUAAACGGCAGGAACAACCUGAUCCAGCAGAAGACCGCAGCCGCUAUGCUGGCCCAGCAGAUGCAGUUCAUGCUGCCUGGAGCUCAGCUGCAGCCCAUAACCUCUUACCCAGUAACUCAUUCCUUGGCCAGCAGUCCGACCAUGGCGUUCAGCCCAUACCUGAGUCACAUGAGUCCAGGCAUCAGCCUCAUGCCCGAGCUUCUGCCCAGCGCCCCCGUGCUGGUCCCGGGGAGCCCCACCGGCAUCACCAUGGGCAACGGAAACUCAACGCAGAAACAUGUUCGCACAGACAAGCUUGAGGUGUGUCGGGAGUUCCAGCGAGGAAAUUGCACACGCGGGGAGAACGACUGUCGCUACGCCCACCCUAUGGAAGCCUCCAUGGUGGAUGGCAGUGAGAACUCCGUCAUUGUAUGCAUGGAUUACAUCAAGGGCCGCUGCACCCGUGACAAGUGCAAGUACUUUCACCCUCCUGCUCACUUACAAGCCCGGAUAAAGGCAGCACAGCAUCAAGCCAGUCAGAAUGCUGCUGCCAUGGCUUUGCCACCAGGCACCAUGCAGCAGCUACCAAAGAGACAGACACUGGAGAAGACAAAUGGUGCAGCUGCUGUCUUCAACCCCAGCAUGUUCCACUACCAGCAGGUGUUGGCCAGCAUGCAGCUGCAGCAGCCAGCGUUCAUUCCCGCAGGCCUUUUCAAACCCUUUGGCCCAAUGACAGACGGCCGCUGGGAGAGGCGAGAAUGGACCAGCUGCAGGGCCCCCCAAAGCCGUUACCUGUCAGGGCCUGGACAUACUGUUCCCAUGAUGCACGGUGCCACCACUUCCACUGUUUCGUCGGCUACGACCCCAGUCACCAAUGUUCCUUUUGCUGAAUCAGCCACCUCCAACCAGACGCCACCGAGGUACUGAGUGCUGACCCCGUUGAUCUCCAGUGCAUUCCCAUGGAGACCCAUUUCUGCCCAAUUCCUAAACUCCUGGUUGCCGCACCCAUGACGCUGAAUCCAGUAAGCCUCUCCCGCAAUCCCAGUUAAGAUGCCAACACCCCAAUCAGACCUGUCACUCAUGCAACGUGCCCAAACCCAGAAAAAUGAAUGCAACAAACGUGUGCCUAAUCAGUAUGUCCUUAACGGGCAAUACAUUCAUCCUCAUUUCAAAGACACCCACUUUAUUAGAAGUCAACAGAGGUUUAUUGAUAUUGAAACUUUAGCUUGGACCUACAGCUGUUAAAGGAUGCAUGCCAUCUUGGUGCAAAGAGACGUAAGGAGCCUGCAGAUGCUGAAUCAGGAGACUGAGCGCUCUUGUAACUCACAGCCAUACGAACACAUGCAAACCAAUUAGUUGAGAAGAUUGAAACCUUUUGGAGGUGAACAUUAGAUUUAGGAUUGUGCUUUUUCGAUGUACGUUAAGCAGUGAAGCCGAGGCAGAGCAUCAGCAGACAGAAAAUGUUUCUUCGUCAUUGAAUGUGAUAACUGUGUAUGUAACCAGAUCCCAUGAAAGAGAAAGUGAGAAAGUGAGAGCUCCAGUCGCUUAUGAUAUUGUGGUGGUGGUUUUACCUUAAUUUCUUUCACAUAUAAUUCUAAUGAUUGAUUAGUGGCACGUUUUAUUUCAUGUUUACAUUUCAAACUUUAGAAAGAAAAAAAAAUGAUAUUUGAAAAGUAUCAAUGCUUUUGUAAGAUAACCUGUUCUUGAUACUGUUUAACUGAGUUAGACUUUUUAGUUGAGAGGUUUUAAAAUGUCGUUGUCUGUGCCUUUUUAGUUACAAGUGUGUGAACGUCUUUUUUCCCAAUUUUCGACCAACUUACAUUUUAUUAUAGACUAAGAUGGUAUACCUGUGAAGCCUUUCAGAAUGUGUUGUUCCACCAUGUAUGUAGAGAUGUGUUGUUGUUGAGUGACUUCCUUUAUAUUGGUCUCAUGAAAGAGUAUUAUUUAUUUAACCUCUGUCCAGCAGACUAAACAUGGUCUACUGACUUAAGUGUUAUAACCCCAAUAACAAAAGUAAAAGCCUGAAGUAUCUCUCCUUGCAUUUCCAACACAACAUUGAGAUUGGUUCAUAUACUCAGACCUCCAUUUUUAGUAGAACUGCCUUAAGCAGACAAAAUACGAGCACCUCUUAUUGUACAUUGUGAUGCUCUCUCAAAUGUAAGGUCCGGUUGCAGGUGUUCUGAUGUAUAAGAUGUCUCUUUGAAGAUUUUAUACUGGACAAAUAUAGUUUUUAUUCCAAAUGAAGCUCUUUAGUCAAAGAUGACCUAGGAAAUUCUCCUUACCUGUCCUGGAUAUUCAAGUACUAUAUAAAUAAUCAGGUUUAUUUGCAUUCCUAAAACGUUGGUAUACAGCAUAUGUCACAUUGUCUAGGUUAUUACCUUAUCUGUCUCUUGUAGACAACCCCUUUAUGAUGGCAAGAUCGUCUCCUUGCCCAGCCUCACCUGCUGUGUGACAGUCUGUUCGUCUCCUCUUUUCCAAAUUUGAUCAGCCAUGUUUGGUGCAUUUCAGAGUAUCAUGAGGUCUUGGAGCACUCUGUGUUCAGUGUCAAUAAGUUGCCAAAACGGUUCUUAAACUGCUUGACUAGCUGUACGUAACCGUUAACACCAUUUAAAAAUGGCAAAUCAGCACACUUAAAGGGAUAGUUCACCCAAAAAUUAAAUCUUCGUCAUCAUUUACUCACUCUCAUGACAUUAUUUCUCCCACACAAAAAGAGAUGCUAGACAGAAUGUCAGCUUCAUUCUCUUUCGUUGCAUUGAAAAAGAAGAAAUUAAAGUGAAUGGUGACUGAGGCUAACGUCUCUGUUUGUGUACCACAGAAGAAAGAAAGUCAAAUGUUUUUGGAACAGCAUGAGUGAGUGAGUGAUGACAAAAUUAGAAUUUUUGGGUAGCUAUCCCUUUAAAUUUUUGAUCACUUGAGCAUGAUGUGGUGUGUCAUCAAAAUUAUAAAAAGGAGAAAUGCAAAAGCCUUGUAAGAGUCAGAAACUGGAACGUGAAUUGAAUAGCAGACAGAUUUCCCAUUAGUUCACUGUAUUCAGCACCAUGUGUGCUCCCCAACAGUGUACUGUUUUCAUGCCAAUGACUCUCAGACAGAGGUCACUCUGUGCCAAUCACAGGAGAAAGUACGGACUGGAUGACGCGCCAAGGUCACGAGCCAGAUGGAUUUGAAUUGCAAUAUUGUUCUCCUGCAAGAGCAAACGUGUCCACCCAAGCAACAAAUGUAAACCCAUUUGAGCAAGCUAUUAUCUUGUGCUUUGUAUUGAAACAUCUCGGUUAUUGCUACCUUUCAUUAGGCGAGUCAUGCAAUCGGGAAAUUGACAAUGGGGCAGUUUUUAGCAGCUGGUUUUAUUACUGCAUAAGUGGACGCUGUAUGUACUCACUAUUAGAGUUCCAGUCCUUGUCAACCAAGAGUCUCUAUUGGAUUAUUGCUGUGAUAUAUUAUUGAUAGUUGUCCAUAGAAGAAACAUGAAAACUCUGAUAGCAGACAGACUAUACACCAAGGCCUGCAAUCCAUUAGGGUAGUACUGGAGAUCUUUCCUCCCUGAUGAAAGAAUAACCUUAACUAGUCUUAGAUGGUUUGCUGGUCUGUUGGCUGGUUUAAGAUGGAUUUUGGGUGCUUUUCAGCUAGUCAUGCAGGAAGACCAGCAAACUAGCUUGGGCCGGUUUGAGCUAUUUUUUGCAGGGACCAUUUCGACUUUAAAGGGGUUGGCAGAUUUAUUUCUAAUUAUUUAAGUUGUUGUGUUUUAAUGGUGUCUGUUUAGAGUUUUGAACAGGUUUAAAUCACUGAUUGUGUCCUUACUUUCACAAGUCGGCAGACUCUAAAAUGCAAGGGCGUAGAUGACUGUGUGAUGUCUGAAUAUUACUUGGUUUUGGGGUGUGAUCUCAAAGCUGUGGCUCUUGGAAAUAUCUGUUGGUAAUAAUAUAUUUUGGAAAUAACAUAUUUGGAAAUGUUACAGUUAAAGGAAAAAAAAAUUGGUUAGUUUAGACUGGGUACCUCACAAAAGGCCCUCAUCAGCCAAAGGUUCAUUUACAAGACAUUGUUGCCCUUGCAUAUAUGCAUAUAUGAAUGUGACAUUUAUGACAGUGAGAAUGUCACGAGAGGUUUGGAAGCCUGUCUCGCCAUUUCUCUCGAUUGAAACUACAACCUUUUGCAACAUAUCAAGGAAGAGAAAGCCUCUCCAUGUCAUCCAUUGUUGAUGUAAAAAAACAGACACGAGUUAGCUAAAAUCAAAUGUAAUCAAGGACCCUUCUCUUAACUACUGUCUCUUUUGGGACAGCUAUGUUGUUACAUUGUUUAGACAGCAUAGUCCCUUAGAAAGAGCCAUAAAUAUGAUUUAUUUUCGAAAACGUUAUCUAAAAGCACCAUUGUUUUCUGUUCAGCUAGUUUAUUGGUGGUCAGCUCACAUUAUAUUGGCCAAACACAAAUGAUAUAUUAUACAAUGGUGAUGUAAACCAUGAAAAUAUUGUUCAUCUUAUCUGUGGUCAAUACAAAAUCAGAGAAAGAUAAUAUACUGUGUUAUAACUGAAAUAUCUGUAUUGUAUACAUCUCUGUAUAAUGUUCAUGGGUUUUAAGAUUAUUUUAGGAAAUACCAUUAUUAGGUCAUUUGUGUGGAUUUAUUUAGGAGAAAAACUCUUAAAACUGUUUAUUGAUGUUGGAUUGUGUUUUGUAAUUAAGUUCCAUUGCCCAGCCAAGGUGUAGAACCUCCUUUCUCUCUCUCUCUCUCUCUCUCUCUCUCUCUCUCUCUCUCUCAUAUAAAGAAUUAUGCCUUCUCCAACUGUAAUGCAGCUGGAAUCAACUAAAUACUUGAUGAAGAAAAAAACAAUGUGCCUCAUCGGGGGCUUUAGCAUUUUAAAAACUCACUUUUUAAGAAGUGUGCAUACCUGCAUAAUGUGGUUUGCUAGAAUAAUCUAUGUGUAUGUAUUACAGGCACAUCAUCCUUAUAGUUUUUAUCAACACAUUAACAAUCUUCGUAAUGGUACCUGUUUUAAAUAUAUCCUCACAAAUUCAGUCAUGUUAUGGUGUGUUUUGACAGAGCUGUCGGUGGUAGGCCGUUUAGCUUGAGUUUGGUCAUUAUUGUUACUUGGUUAUUUUACAUCGUAAAGUCUCUCAUCGCAUGAAAUUAAAAUAAUCUGAAUACUCAACAUCAUAGUUUGUGCAGUUAGUGGUUUAAGAUUUAAAAAAUUGCUUAAUCUGUAUAUCUAUAUAUCUCUAUACACAUUUGUAAGUAUUGCAAUGAUAGAUUCAUUGUUACCUAUGAUAGAAAGUUCUUGUUGCUAUGGCAACAAAACUACAACAUGGCUACCUUUGUAUAUCUUAAUUGUGAAUUUUUUCACACUUCAAGUGAAAUAAUGUACAACGUUAACUUAUUCAGAAAGGGAAUGUGUUCUUAAAUUGUCUUGGGAAAAGAGAUGAUUGACUAUUUUGUAAAAAAAAAAAAAAAAGAAAUUAUAAAAAAAAGAUAGCUAGAUAGAUAUACAUAUAUGUAUACAGACUUGUGAGAUAAUUUAUGUCCAAAGGCCCUUUGGAGACAUCAUAAGUUAUUUCUGUUAUAUAAUCAUAAUUUUUCUAUUGGGGUAGUUGAUCGUGUUAAGAUAAGUAGACAGAAUCUGAGUUUUUGAAACAAUCUGAUGGAUUGAUUGGGGGGAGGGGGGGACUGUGUAGUCUCAUAGUUGGUUUGAAAUUAAUACACUCAAGGGCAACAUUACAUUGGACAGGGCUGGAGAUGCAUUAAUACUGUGUCAGCAAGGGUGGAUUCCAAAAAAAGAGGCAGUUUUUAUACAUUUUGCAACCCCUUGAUGUCAGAAACAAAGGACCUGUUUUAGCCAUAGUGAGCCUAUGGAGCCACAGCCCCAGAAUAAAGUCUCUAUCCCCCUCUGGCCCACCCAGACUGCACCCCAGCUGUGCUGGGACCUGGUGACUAACGUCACCCCAUCGGUGUACGAAUGUGUGUUAUUCACCUUGUUUGCACUUAUGUACAUAACUGAGUCAAAAUAUUCAGAAUUUAUUUUGAAUAUACAUAGAUGAAUAAAUAUAUGUGUGUGUGUGUGUGUGUGUGUGUGUGUGUGUGUGUGUGUGUGUGUGUGUGUGUGUGUGUGUGUGUGUGUGUGUGUGUGUGUGUGUAGAAGAGCAGAUUCAAAUUAAAUGACUGUAUUGUUCGAAUACAGGUAAACAGUUGUCCUUUUAAAGGGUUGUCAAACAGAGAGAUGCUGUUUUGGGGUGUUGAGAAAUGUGUUGUUUGUUCUGUUUGCUAAUGCCCUCAUUCUCAUUAUAAAGCAUGAUAUUGCUUGCUGACAAAAGGAAAAAAAAUGAUGUCAAAAAUCUUUGUCGUUUUGCAUAGCUUAUAAAAGCGCAUUGAGCUGAGCACUGUGCCCGCUUAUAUCUGAUCCUGAGGUGUGCUUGGGUAGGAGACGUAGAGACAUACUCCAAUAUUCAUGAUAUGUAUUUUUAUGUGUCUACCUCUCCUAUCUGUACUUAAAAGCUUGUGCCCAGAAACCAAAGACCAACUUGUUUCUCUUUUGCCUCUUUACAGAUUGUGAGUUUCAGAUAAAAUGGUUGACCAUUUUGUUUUCUGUGUAGUCUUAUAAUGAAAAAGGGGUAUAAUAAGGCUCUGUCCCCUACAGGACAACAAGGAGACCAGCACAGGGCACAUCAUCGCAGAAUUGAUCUGCCAUAGAAAUUGUUAAACUUCAGGAUCGGAUUGUAGUAGGAAAGCAUUGCUACAGGUUAUACACAACAAUAACUUUCAGUUUGGUUUGGUUGUUGACAAACAUUUUCCAUUCUUAUACAUUCACCAAGAACAAAAAAUAAAUCUGAAAAUCUCACUGGAUUUCCUCCAUCCAAAUCAAGGUUGCUUCAGACGUGAAAUUGCCAGACAAAACCCUCUGUUGAAGAAAACUUGUACAUUUUGUGCUCUACAAUUGCUUUGGAAGCCAAUGAUUUUGUUGCCAUGGCACUUGCCCUAAUAGUGAGGGAGAGACUGAGUCUUUGUAGAUUAUUGCAUAUAGACGCACCUUUGGACCAAUUAAAUAUGGUCCUCAGCCUUUUGACUGUAAAGCUGAGGUAGCACUUAGAACGUAGUGUCCCUACUUGCAAACAAAAAGUGAAUGCAAACACAGGACACUCCUCUUACCACUGUGCUUGACAGAGAAAAAUCAACAAACACUCUUCUGCUGUCCAUUUUCCUGUGCCUAAACAUUCUGUGAUGUGAAAGGACUGAUCUUUUUAAGAAAGCCAUUGAGGUUAGACUUCCACCUAACUGUGCCCUACAUUCAGUUCCUUCGUGUUCAUAUCUGUGAGUGGAACACUAACGUCAAUGGUUCAUGUUAACCUAUAGAAGUCACUGAGACUGUAAGUAAGUAAGUAAAAUGUUAUUUCUAUAGCACAUUUAAAAACAACAGAGCUGUGCCAAAGUGCUGUACAAUAUUACAAUAUGCAAUUUAAAAGCAUUGAAAUAGACAAGGCAAAAGACAGGUUUAUACAUAUAGCACCUGAUAUAAUUCAUUCAAAAGAUUCAUAUACAAUCAAUCAAGCAGUUUAUUUAAAAGCACUAGAGAAUAAAUACGUUUUAAGAGCCGAUUUAAAACUUGUUAGUGCCGGAGCAGACCUCACAGCGAAGGGCAGACUGUUCCAGAGCUUAGGAGCAGCGGCAGAGAAGGCCCGACCACCCUUGGUUUUGCAGCGAAAGCGUGGAACAGUUAAAAGAAGCUGAUUACACGAUCUAAGAUUACUUUGGGGAGUGUACAUAGUCAGUAAAUCACAUAUGUAUGUUGGUGCAGCACCGGAUAGCGCUUUGUACACCAAAACUGCAAUUUUAAAAUCAAUUCUGAACUUAACUGGUAGCCAGUGUCAAAUUUCUAAGACAGGAGAGAUGUGAUCUCUCUUUUUUGAACCAGUCAGAAGUCUCGCUGCAGCAUUUUGAACAACUUGCAGACGAGUGAUUGUAGAUUGAGGCAGACCACAGUACAGGGAAUUACAGUAGUCCAGUCGUGAUGUAAUGAAGGCAUGGAUUACAGUCUCUAAAUCUUUUGGGGACAAGAACUGUUUUACUUUUGCAAUAGAUCUCAAUUGAAAGAAACUGCCUUUUACCACUGAGCUGACUUGUUUUUCAAAGUUAAGUACCGAAUCUAAUGUAAAUCCAAGAUUCCUUACAUGAGGUCGAACACUGACAGGGAAGGAACCGAAAUUAAAAGUAGCUGAGGAGCUAGGUGGGCCUAAAAUCAAAAUUUCGCUCUUACUUUCGUUUAAUUGUAAGAAAUUGUUUGCCAUCCAGCAUUUGAUCUCAUCAAAACAGUCACACAGGGCUUCCAGGGGAUAAGACAUAUCAUUUUUUGCCGGUAGAUAAAACUGUGUAUCGUCAGCGUAACAGUGGUAGGAUAUUCUAUGUUUCUCAAAUAUGGUCAAAGACUGGAACAUCACAUCAAUGUUGUACAAAGUUGUAUAGUUUCAAAUAAAAUCACUCAUUGAUGCAGAGGUUAAGUCCCUUUAAAGGCAUCAGCAGACGUGUGGUGACAAAUGCUGAUGCCUGCGUAAAUGCUAUUGUGUGUGUGGAACAGUUCAAAGAAUGUCUACAUUGUUUCAAAGCCAUAUGUAAUAGAUUCCUCUCUCUCCCACUGUAGGACAAGGUACAACUGAAUGCUUUGAUUCUUUAUAUGAAAUGCUUCUCUUUCUAUUUAGCUUAUUGUGCUUGUAUGUGCUCAAGAACUGCGCUUCUUGUCUAUCCCUUUGCGAUAUAUAAAUGUAUGGAAAAUAUACAUACUUAAGACUUCUGUUCUUUUUGUUUGACAAUUUAAUAAAGCACUUAAAAGUC